AUGGCGCUCUUCCCCAAGCCUGCGGAGACGCAGCAACUCGGGCUCUUCCUCCUGAACAAGCGCCUGAUCCGCAUCUUCGUCGCCGUCGCCUUCUUCGUCCUCGUCGCCUUCGGCCUCGUCUGGCGCCGGCAGCAUGACGCCCUGCCCGUCCUGCCGCCCCUGGGCAUCGACGAGCCGCCCGGCUUCUACCCGUACGAGACGGUCAGCGACUACUGGCCGGUGUCUCUCGAUCCCGCCGGCAAGUCGACCGAAGACCUUUGCGCAACGUUCCCCAAGCACAUGCUCAGCCUCGUCCAGCCCGUCCUCAAGAUGGGCCACGGCGAGGACCGCGCCAAGCUCGACGCCCAGCUCGACAGCGUCAGCGCCUGCUUCCGCCCCGACGAGCUGCUCAUCUUCUCCGACCUCGACGAGCGCAUCCGCAACUUCACGGCCAUUGACAUCCUCGCCAGCCUGCCGCCCAAGUACUACGACCUCGAGUAUAACCCGGACAUGGGAAACUACCUGCUGCAGAAGGAAUUGAGCCGCAACGGCACGCUGGACAAGGACAAGGAGGCGACGAAGCGCGUCAAUGGCUGGAUCAUUGACCGGUUCAAGUUCCUGCCGCAGAUUGAGCGUGCCUGGUUGAUGCGGCCCAACAGACCGUUUUACUUUUUCUACGAGACGGAUACAUAUGUCGUGUGGGAUACAGUAUACCGGUUCCUCUCCACCUUUGACCCCGAUGUUCCCAUCUACAUGGGCUCUCCCUCCCCCGGACGGCACGACAGCACUCGAGACGAUCUCAAGACAUGGUUUGCCAACGGCGGCCCCGGAUUCGCCCUCAGCCGCGCAGCCGUCAAGGCCCUUAUCCGCCGCGACGUGGCACCGCAUGGCCAGUACAGCGGACCGACCGUCAGCGAAGAGUGGCUUCCCCUGAUCAAGGACGAGUGCUGCGGCGACAGCGUCGUCGGCUGGACGCUGUGGAACAAUGGAGUGCCCUUGCAGGGGUACUGGCCCAUGUUCAACCCCCAUCCGCUGCACGGCAUUCCCUUUAGCGAUCGCUACUGGUGCCAGCCCAUCAUGACGCUGCACAAGACGACGCCGAAGGACAUGGUCGAGGUGUGGAAGUGGGAAUUCGGGCAGAGGAAGUUUAAGCGGCCCUUGCUAUACGCUGAUUAUUGGAAUUUCCAUCGACCGGGAACCUCCGACACUCUGGACAACUGGGAUAACGGAGAUUGGGACGCCUCCAAGUCUGGCCCCGAUCAAGGCAUCGACUCGUUUGAAAAGUGCGAGGAGGCAUGCAAAAAGGACGACAGCUGCGUCCAGUGGAACUGGCGAGGCAGAGACGAGAAAGUGUGUGUUCUCGCAAGGUCUUUUAGGUACGGAGAAAAGCGGGAGCCGGAGCAGCGAGACGACAAGUGGGUGGACUUUAAAUCCGGCUGGAUCAAGGACAGGCUCGACAAGUUUCGCAACGAGAGGCAGUGCGAGGUGGUGGAAUGGGUUGGGCCGAGCGUUACGCGGGUGUUUUGA